AUGAAGGUGUUAACUGUAUUGUUGACUUUGGCUAUUGCUGCCUCAUACGCAGAAGAUUCUGCUACAGAAGUAUCUGCUAGAGGUUACCAUGGAAAGAUUGGUAUUCCUUUGGCUAGGAAGAUCAAAUUGGCUGAAGAACAAGGACAGUUAACUUUGGAAGGUCAAAGGAUUGUGGGCGGUUCCAUUGCUGACGUCAGUCAAGUUCCCUACCAAGUUGGUCUCGUCAUCACAAUCCUCUGGAUUUUGACAUCAGUCUGCGGUGGCAGCCUCAUCUCCACUACCCGUGUGCUUACUGCUGCCCACUGCUACCACGAUGGGUUCAUCACUGCCAACUCCUUCCAAACAGUCCAUGGGUCCAACUUGCUGUUCACCGGCGGAGUGCGGCUCACCACUACAGAUGUUGAGGUCCACCCUAACUGGAAUCCUCAAACGAUUGCCAACGAUAUUGCCAUCCUUCGCAUACCUGCGGUCACCCUUUCUAAUGUAAUCCAGACAAUCGCUCUGCCCUUCAAUGAUGCUUCAAAUCUUUUUGUCGGAGCUAACGCGCUCGCUUCUGGAUACGGCCUAACUUCCGACGGUGGAAGCAUCAGCAUCCUUCAACGUCUAAGUGCCGUGACUCUCUCCGUGAUCUCCAACAGCGUAUGUGAUGAAGUCUACAGACCCUAUAUCACCGACACAAACAUUUGCACCAGCGGCGCCGGCGGUCAAGGAACUUGCAGUGGCGACUCUGGUGGUCCUCUGGCUGUUAACAUUAAUGGCGUUCCUACACUGAUCGGUGUGACAUCGUUCGGGUCGUCUCAAGGUUGCGCCAUCGGUCUGCCUGCUGGCUACGCGAGAGUCACGUCCUAUGUGUCUUGGAUUUCUUCCGUGAAUUAA